GGAGUCGGGCCGCCUCCCCGCGGGAGAGGGUCCGGGCCGCCCUGCGAGCCAGGACGCUGCCAGCUGCCCGUUUGCCCUGCUCCUUGCGCUCUUUCCUCCGCACCGUCCGCCCCGUCCCUCUGCCCCGGGAUGCCUCCCAACCUCACCGGCUAUUACCGCUUCGUCUCCCAGGAGAACAUGGACAAUUACCUGCGGGCUUUAGAUAUCAACGUGGUCCUGCGAAAACUGGUUUGCCUACUGAAGCCUGACAAAGAAAUCAUUCACACGGGAGAUCACAUGGUCAUCCGCACCAUCACCUCCCUUAGGGACUAUGUGAUGGAUUUUGACCUGGGAGUCCAGUUUGAGGAAGACUUGGGACCUGUGGAUGGACGCAAGUGCCAGACAACUGUCUCCUGGGAGGGGGAUCACCUGGUGUGUGAGCAGCUAGGAGAGAAGAGGAACCGAGGCUGGAGGCACUGGCUGGAGGGGGACAAGCUGCAUCUGCGCAUGACUGCUGAAGAUGAGAUCUGCGUCCAGGUUUUCCAGAAGGUGAAGUGAUCGCUCCCCGGAGGGAUGCCCGGACGGGACCCUCGCUCCCCAGUAUGAAAAAGAAAACGAAACAAGACCCGAGCGAGCUGAGUUCCCCCA